AUGAAAGGUUUAACUCUAAAAGAACGUCAAGAUAAACUUGUUAAAUCUACUUUUGAAAGAAAAGGUGUUAUUCUUGAGGUAAAUGGGAGGUGGAGAUUUGAACUUCAUCGUGGGGUUAUAUAUGAAGGAAUGAUUGGAAUGUAUCUUGGGAAAAAUGAUUCUGAAAAGAAAAUUCCAAUUACAUUAGACUCAUUACUUAUAAAACCAUUUCAUGUAUAUAUGGAAUAUCUUUUAGGAAGGAGUGUUUGUCUCAAAAAAGAAGGAUUAAUGAGAGCUGUUUUUGUUUCUUGUUCAUUAAUCAAAUUUGGAGUUUCUAUUGAAAAUGCAUUAGAAUAUGGAAUCAAACAUUUUGCAGUUAAUAACUCUUAUGAAGAUGAAAUAAAAAAUAAAAAAGUUCUUGCUUCUGGAAUUGUUCAAUGCAUAACCAGAGAGACACUUAAUUCUAUGAUGUUAUUUAAUUCAAAACAAGAUGCUGAAGUGUUUCGUAGUUCAGUUGAAGUAGCACCAUUAGAGGAUGUUAUUUAUUCAUUUUCUGAGUGGUUAGAAUUACCACUACGUAAUUCAACUCGUUCAAAACAUUUAACCUCAACAAUUAUAGGUUCAUCAAAGGUAAAAGAUAUUGAUGAAGUUCAUUCUCAAUCACCUCGUAAUGUAAAACCACCUCCACUAGAUAAGUCUGAUAGUGAUAAAAUAGUCUCACAAAAAUCAUCUAAAGAAGUUAAAACAAGACCACACGAAUCAUCUCCUGAAACAACAUCUCCACGAACUUCUGUUUUUGAAAAAUCACCUGAAAAGUCUAUUGAGAAAAGUGAUUUAUCAAAACAAGCAGAGAGAUUAGAUAGGAUUGAAAAAAUUAUUAAAACAUCAAAAGAGAAAGUAAGAAACUUUUCUAAUUCUUUUGUUAUAUCAGACAGUGCACCAUCUACUCCUAGGGUUGAACAUGAAGCCAGACGAACUAAAAAUGGUAUUAGAGAAACUUCAUUAAAAUCGUUAAGUGAAACUCCACCAUUAGAAAGUUAUGAAGACCGAAUAAAAGACUCUGAAGAAGAUGAACAAAAGAAACAAAAGAAAGCAUUAAAACUAUGUCGGAUGAGCAUUAGUAAUUUAGAAAACCAAAAAUUUAGUAAAUCAAUGAGAAAAACAAAAAAAUUUGAUUUGAAUGAUGAAUAUCAAAAUAAGGAAUAUAAAUUAAAUGAAGAACAAGAAAAAGCUCUAAUAAAAAUUCAAUCAUUUUCUCGUUCACAUCUUAUAAGAAAAAAAUAUAACUUUAACAAAAUUAAAAUAAGAAAAGCAGCUAUUAAUGAACUAUAUGAAACUGAAGUAAGUUUAUUAACCAAAAUGAAAUUAAUGGAAGAAAAUUUUAUGCAUCCAUUAAUGGCACUUGGAGUAAGUAGUAACAUUAUUAAUAAAAUAUUCCUUACACUUCCUCAAUGUAUUCAGUCAUCAACAAUUUUUGUUGAUGAAUUGAAAAAAAGAAUUAUACCAUUUCAUGCAGAUACGUGUAUUGGAGAUUUAUUAAGUUUAUUAAUUACGUAUAUUACUCCUUAUCUCUCAUUUACUACUGAUUAUAAUAUUGCAUUAAAUACUUGGAAGUCUCAACAAAAGAAUCUUAAUUUUCAAAAAGUUGUUAAAUUAGCAUCUACUUCAGAUAAUUUGAAAAUAGAACCAUUAGAUUUGUUAUUAGUUCAACCAGUUCAAAGAAUUAUGAGAUAUCCAAUGUUAAUUAAAGAAGUUAUUAAACAAACACCACAUAGUCAUCCAGAUUAUCCAUAUUUAAAGAAAGCACUUAAAGAGUAUCAUUUCUUCUGUACAUUAGCUAAUGAAAGAUCAAAAAUGAGAGAUGCAUUAGCUGAUCUUGCAAAUGUAUUAAAUAUGGAUAAUUUGUUUGUGAAAAAUAGGUAUUUAAUUUGGUCAUGUUCAGUAAUAAAUAAAAAGAAAACAAAACUUCAUGUAUUUAAUGAUAUGAUUAUUCUUGUCCAAAAACAAGGAAGAUCAGACAAAUGGAUUAUUAUUGAUACUUUACCAAUUGCAAAUGAUGUUGAUGUUAGUUUAUCACAAAAAACAAUUACUUUAAAAAAGUAUGGAAGAUCAAUUCCAUUAAUUGUAGAAUUAGAAGAUAUACAACAAGCUAAACAUGUUCUUAGUUCAAUAAGUUCUAUUAUACGAGAUGAAUGUUAUAAUCUUCAAGACGAUAGAGCAUGGUUAGACUUUUUAGACCGAAGUGUUCUUAAUUGA